GUGAAUCAGUGACGCUUCUUUUGUAAACAUGUCGGUGUUUGAAGAUGGAGGUUAUAAAGUUUGUUUUUGAUUUAGAAAUGAGUGGUGAACGAUGAUGCGGGAAGAAUGACGUCGACGGACACGUACCAGUUGAAAUGGCACUCGCACAGCUCGCACCUGAACGGCUCCGUGGCGUCUUUGCUGCGCUCGGAGCGGUUUACGGAUGUGGUGCUGUGCACCAUGGAUGGGUCUCAGAUCCCGGCGCACAAGUUCAUCCUGAGCUCGUGCAGUGUGUAUUUGAGCUCGCUGUUCGAGGGCCAGCGCGCAGUGACCCGGAUGGGCGGCAUGCUGUACGUGGUGCUCCCUUCGGAGAUAUCUACGAAAGCGCUGAAGAUUCUCGUGGAAUACAUGUAUAAAGGUGAAACAACCGUAUCGAAUGAAGUUUUAGACACUGUACUUAAAGCGGGCGAGGUGUUAAAGAUCCGAGGCCUAUGGAGGCAGACGGACGAGGCGGGCGGGGACUCUACCCCUGCAGAGAGGACCACAGCCCCCGCUGAGAGGACGGCCACUCCGACCAGCAUGGCCUCUGCGAAUAAACCAGCAGUCGCUAAGAAAGCAGACGAGUUGCAGCCGAAGAUUACGGUGAAGAGGGAUGACAAGCUGCUCAAGACCUUCACUCCUCUACAGAAUCAGGGUGGUACUAGGCCCAUGUUCAUCGGCCCGCCUAAGCUGGUAUUUAUCAAAACAACCGAAGGCGGCACCCAAGCGACAUUACGUCCCGGCGGACCCAAAGGCCAGACUAUACUAGUGGCACCGGCUCCUACGUCGUCUUCUGACGUGUCCACACUGACCACUGUCACGGCUACCACCACACCAGCCACUAUGACUGUAGCGACCACAACUAUAGCUGAUGACUCCCCCGAUGAAGCGCCUCCGCCGAGGAUAUUAAGAAGGCAUGUAGCGGAACGGAAAUAUGGGAAGAAACAAAAGACUGCAAGCAAUACGGACAACGAGGAAGCCAAGGAGGAGGACGCUCAGGACAAUGUUUCGGUAUCGUCAAAAAAAUCAUCUCAAAGCACCAUAGAAACAACAACGGAGGUGCAAAUCAAAGACGAGCCAGACUGGGACGCCAGCAGCAUAGAGGAGGAAGAACGCUCCAUCGCCGAGAUGUUCCAGGCAGAGAUGAGCGUCAAGACUGAACCCGUUGAGGAAAUGGACAUUGAGGAAGAGAGCUUGAUCUACAGCCCGCUGGCGUGCGAGCUGUGCGCGGAGGUGUUCACGGUGCCGGCCGCGUGGGUGCGCCACGUGCAGGCGCACGCGCGCUCCAGCGAGCCGCACUCGCGCAAGCGCAAGCACCGCUCGCCGAGCGAUGACACCGAAGAGACAAUGGCAUUACUUCGCUGCGACCUCUGCCAGAAACACUUCCCCAACCCCGGCGAGUGGGUGCGACAUAUCCAGAGCACGCACACAGAAUCAGGUUAG